GGGGCCACCCGAGGCCCCGAGGCUCCGCCCACCUCCCAGGCCGGGGUCGGCCCGAGCGGCGGCGCUAGGACCCGGCGGGCCGCGGGUGCGGCGGGGCCUGGGCGGCCUGAAGAGCGCGGACCCCAGCGCUCGGCUCCCGGCACCAUGUGAGGGGACUCGGGGGCCGCGGGGGGCCGGGCGCUCCCCGCCGGAGAUGAGGAAACUGAGGCUCAGAGAGGUCACAUGGCUUGCUCGAGGCCCCCCAGCCAGUAAGUGGUGAAACCGGGAUUCGCAGUGGCACCUGACAUGCUGCACUGACAUGGCCUUCUCAGAGCAGGAUUGUGACGGGUCGGACCAGGGGGACGGUGGUCCUGGCUGAGGGCACAGCUCGGGCAAAGGUGUGAACCCACAUCCCUGCUCCCAGGGCCACCUGCAGGACGCCGACACCUACCCCUCAGCAGACGCAGGAGAGAAAUGAGUAGCAACAAAGAACAGCGGUCAGCAGUGUUCGUGAUCCUGUUUGCCCUCAUCACCAUCCUCAUCCUCUACAGCUCCAACAGUGCCAAUGAGGUCUUCCAUUACGGCUCCCUGCGGGGCCGUAGCCGCCGGCCUGUCAACCUCAAGAAGUGGAGCAUCACUGAUGGCUAUGUCCCCAUUCUCGGCAACAAGACGCUGCCCUCUCGGUGCCACCAAUGUGUGAUUGUCAGCAGCUCCAGCCACCUGCUAGGCACCAAGCUGGGCCCUGAGAUUGAGCGGGCUGAGUGUACAAUCCGCAUGAAUGACGCACCCACCACGGGCUACUCAGCCGAUGUGGGCAACAAGACCACCUACCGCGUAGUGGCCCAUUCCAGUGUGUUCCGCGUGCUGCGGAGGCCCCAGGAGUUCGUCAACAGGACCCCUGAAACCGUGUUCAUCUUCUGGGGGCCCCCGAGCAAGAUGCAGAAGCCCCAGGGCAGCCUCGUGCGUGUGAUCCAGCGGGUGGGCCUGGCGUUCCCCAACGUGGAAGCCUAUGCCGUCUCUCCCGGCCGCAUGCGCCAAUUUGACGACCUCUUCCGGGGUGAGACGGGCAAGGACAGGGAGAAGUCUCAUUCGUGGUUGAGCACAGGCUGGUUUACCAUGGUGAUCGCGGUGGAGUUGUGUGACCACGUACACGUCUAUGGCAUGGUCCCUCCCAACUACUGCAGCCAGCGGCCUCGCCUCCAGCGCAUGCCCUACCACUACUACGAGCCCAAGGGGCCGGAUGAGUGUGUCACCUACAUCCAGAAUGAGCACAGCCGCAAGGGCAACCACCACCGCUUCAUCACCGAGAAGAGGGUCUUCUCAUCGUGGGCCCAGCUGUACGGCAUCACCUUCUCCCACCCCUCCUGGACCUAGGCCAACCCAGCCUGUGGGACCUCAUGAGGGUCAGAGGAGAUGCGGCCUCUGCCCAGCUGCUGGGCCAGAGAUCAUUUUCUGGCCAAUCAAGGCUCACUGGAGUGUCUCCCAGCCAAUCGGGGCCUUGAGGAGGAUGUAUUCAGCCAAUCAGGGCCUUGAGGAGGAUGUAUUCUCCAGCCAAUCAGGGCCUGGGGAAUCCGUUGGCCAAUCAGGGAUUUGGGAGUCUAUGUGAUUAAUCAGGGGUGUCUUUCUUGUGCAGUCAGGGUCUGAGCACAGUCAAUCAGGGUAGAGGGGUAUUUCUGAGUCAAUCUGAGGCUAAGGACAUGUCCUUUCCCAUGAGGCCUUGGUUCAGAGCCCCAGGAAUGGACCCCCCCAAUCACUCCCCACUCGGCUGGGACAAUGGGGUCCUGUCCCAAGGAGCUGAGAACUUGGUGUCACCCCUCAAGUCCUAGCACCAGAAAGUGAUUGUGUGGGUGUAGAAGCUGUUUGGAGGCUAGGCCAGAGAAUUUGUGAAGUUGUGGAGGUUGUGGGGGCAGUAAGGAGGUCCCAGAAGUGGGAGGCUGGCGUCCAGGUCUUGGCUUUGCUCUGAGUGACCUUGGACAAACCCUUUCCCCUCUCUGGGUAUUCUUCUGCCCACGCCAGGUUCCAGUGUGGAGUCUGAAACCCUUUCCACCUCCGCUGCAAGCACCCUUGGGUCUGUCCUUUCCAUGUGGGCCCCCACCCCCAUUCAUUAUCCCUUGCUGGGAGGCUCAGCUCUUUGGGGUGUCUGGGGUUACCUUCCCCACCUCCUGGAAAACUGUAGGGUAUUUUUGCGCAAACUCCUCCAGGGUCAGGGGACUCUGAAGGGAACAGGACAAACCUUAAGCUGUUUUCUUAGCCCCUCAGCCAGCUGCCAUUAGCUUGGUCUUAAAGGGUUAGGUCUCCUUUUCUGCCCUCCAGCAGGGAGGUUUUCCUACUGUUGGAGGUGCCUUUGGGGCUGUCCCUUCAUCUGGAGCCACUGGGGGCUUCCAAGGGUUUCCCCUGACCUCCUGUCGUCCUGGGAUGGCUGCCAUGAGCUGUGUCGCCUGGGUUCUGUCCUCUGGCUCUGUAUCAGGCACUUUAUUAAAGCUGGGCUUCAGUGGAAUGUGUUUGUCUCCUGCUCUUCUGCAGCCUGAAAGGGAAAGGCUUCAGGAGAAGGCCAGCAGCUAGCCAUUGCACACUGGGGUGAUGGGUGGGGGCGGCGACUGCCCCAGACUUGGUUUUGUAAUGAUUUGUACAGGAAUAAACACACCUAUGCUCUGGC